AAAUAAAUUUAUUUAAAUAGUCCAAGUGAGAAGUAAACCCUAAAUCAGAAGUCCAAACUCGCAGGCAACAAAAGGUUUCGUCUUUCUCAGUCUUUGGCGUCUGUACGAGCAGUUAUUGAAAUCAACCAUGGGUAAGGUUCACGGUUCGUUGGCACGUGCCGGAAAGGUCAGGGGUCAGACCCCAAAGGUUGCUAAGCAAGACAAGAAGAAGAAGCCCAGAGGCCGCGCUCACAAGCGUAUGCAGUACAACAGGAGAUUCGUCACCGCCGUUGUUGGAUUUGGAAAGAAGCGGGGACCCAACUCCUCAGAGAAGUAAAUAUGACUUUUGAGGCAUCAAGUCUAGUACGAGUAGAUUAGCUUAUUUAGUAGUGAUGUUGAAGCUAGUUUCUUACUUUGGGACUGGUUGAGUGGUUGUUAUAUUUCCUUGUCUCUUGCUUUUUUAUUUUAGAACUGUUGGUUUUGUGAUUGAAUUCGGAGAAUGGAUAUCAUAUAUUAACAUCAGCUAAAAUUUUCUUUUUCUUCUUUUAAUGGAUAUCAUAUUAAUGUGUGUAGUUUCUUCGAAA